CAUUUGAAUAUUUCAAAGGAAAUCAAUUAAAAAUAGAGGGAGAGCUCUUAGUAUAGUAAUAAAUUUACCAAGUCCUCAAUCUAAUAUAAAAAAUAUUUGGCAUACAAUUUUGUUAUGAUAUCAGUGAUGCUAAUCUGUCUCUAAUUUGAAGGAUCAUCCUUAUCACCUUAUUAUCCUUUGAUUUUUGUAAACGAGGUCUACAAAAGAGAGUUUCAAACCAGCUAGGAUUUGGAAAUAAUUAUUUAUAUAGGUAAAUAAAGUAAAGGAGCCCACCAAUCAAAGUGACUGUUGUGUAUCAACCCAAGUUUAUAAGGUCUGUUAUAAAACGGUUGAAUAAGAUGUUCAAUUCAAAUCCUUAAAUGUCUGUUGUAUAUAUUGCAAGCCUGUGUUUUAGGCAGGAAUGUUUGCUUUAAACUCAUUGGCUGCCGCCUAGCGGCGGUCCGUAUAAAUAAGAGUCAAGCGGUUGCUAGAGCUGCUUCUGUGUGGAUUGAAUAAACUGUUACUUUCACUCCUGUGUCUUCAAUCCCUCACCGUUUCCAGUCUACAACAGUGGUGAUGAGAGUGGGAUUAUGCUGCUAAGGAAGAAAGAGCUGGACGACUAAGAGCUAAGAGUCACUAAGGGGUGAGACCAGGCAUCCGUGCCCUGGUAGGAACAGCUUCCCCCACCACCACCACCACCUUCUGCCUGCCAGCCAGCAACGCUGGAGGCAUCACCAUCCUAAGGGAUCAGUCCCUAAGAUUCGUACAGAAGCCCUUAGCAUCAUAAGGCAUUGGAGAUGAAGUAACAGCCAGCCAUGGCCAAAGUUGGCAAGCUAUCCAAAUUCGAUGUAUCGCACUCAGAACAAUGGAGUUCUUAUGUCUCCAGGUUCGAAAACUACCUGAGAGCGAAUCAGGUCAGGGAAGACGGAUAAAGGCUGCAACCUUGCUGUGCGUAUGCAGCCAAGCAACUUUUGAUAUAGCAGAGAAUCUAGUCACUCCUGCUAUCUUGGAGUCACUUACCUUCACUGACUUGAAAAGAAGACUCAAAGAACACUUUGAACCAAGACUGUCCAUCAUUACAUGGAGACACGCAUUUGAGCAGAGAGAACAGAAGCUCAGGGAGUCAGCUGCUGAAUUUGUGGCUGCCCUUUGGCAGGCGUCCAGACUCUGCAAAUUUCCAGAUUUAGAGGAUCGGCUCCGGGACCAACUGGCAUGUGGCCUGAGAAGCAGAGACUUACAGCAGAGGCUGUUUGCAAAGGAGACCUUGACAUUCCAGGACGCACUGAAAGAAGUGAUGGCAGAAGAGGCCGCAGGUGGAGCUGUCAAGGCUUUAUGACCUUCAAAGAAUUUCUCCAGCCAGAUAGCCAUUCAUCAUGAAGAUUCAGAAAGAGCAGAUGACCCAGACGAGGACAUUGAGAUCGACCGGGUGCAGAAGCUUCCAGGAAGAAGGCAGUGGCCACUUGACAAGGCAGCCUUCUUCCCUAGCUGUCCUGGCUGCGGAGAAUGGCACCAGCGUUCAGAAUGCAGGUUUUGUAUGGCUGUCUGCCGAGCAUGUGGCAAACAGGGCCACAUCGCUAUUGUCUGUAAAGGUCGCCAGAGGGAAUCUCCAUCCGAAGACUUCCCCAGGAGAGGUAAAGGGGCCCUGGGGCAAAACAGAGUAGGAUAUUGCUCCGGAAGAAGGAGCAUCCUUAGAACAGGAGCCCGUCGCCCCCUGAAGGAAAGGUUUAGACUAAAAGUCAAGCUACAAGGAAUUCCAUGCUCCAUAGAACUGGACACUGGGUCAGCUGUGUCUAUAAUUUCCUACAAAACUUUUAAUUAUGUCUGCAGACAUGGUGGGAAAUGAGUUUAAUGAAACCAAACAAUUUCAAAGCAGUCAAAUCACUGCUGUGUUCAGAUUCUGUGUUAACACACUUUAACGAAAAACUGCCUAUCAGUAUUGCAUGUGAUGCUUCAUCAUAUGGUAUAGGAGCAAUUUUGAGCCAUGUAAUGGCUGAUGGGAGGCAAGCUCCCAUAGUAUAUUUUUCAAGGACACUAUUCCCAGUGGAAAUAAAUUAUACACAAAUUGAUAAGGAGGCAUUAGCCAUAGUUGCAGGAAUAAAGAAAUUCCAUGAUUUCCUUUAUGGUCACCCAUUUAUGGUCUACAGACCACAAGCCUCUUCUAGAUCUGCUUACUGCAGGCAAGCAAAUCCCUCAGAUCCUUUCUCCAAGGAUGCUGAGAUGAUCAAUCUUUAUGGCAGCCUACAAUUACAGGCUAGUCCAUAAGCAUGGCAAAAAAAUGGGCCACACUGACACACUCAGCAGGUUGCCCCUGCCUAAUUCAGAACCAGACCCUGCACCUGCAGCAUGCAUCCUGUCAAUUCAGGACUUGCCAAAAUCUCCCUUUGCAUGCAGGGGAUGUCAUGUUUUGAACUGGGUGCUGAGGGAGUGGCCAGGAACCAGUCCUGGGGAAGAAUUUCACAGCUUCAUCAGAAGACAAGAUGAGCUAUCUGCAUACAAGGGAUGCAUUUUAUGGGGAAAUAGGGUUAUAGUCCCACACACAUUAAGAGCAAGAGUCUUAGAAUCUCUGUAUGAGGGACAUCCUGGAAUAGUCAGGAUGAAGGCACUCGUGAGAAGCUACCUGUGUUGGCCAGGGUUGGAUAAGGAUAUAGAGGCUCAAGUGAAAGGAUCCCAGAUUUGCCAGCAGACCAGACCUGAAAUGCCUCAAGCCCCAAUACAUUGCUGGGAGAUUAUGCAACCCCCCUGGUCUAGGAUUCACAUAAACUAUGCUAGACCUUUUCAAGGACAAGUGUUUCUCAUUGUAGUGGACAAUUACUCCAAGUGGCUUGAGGUAGCACCUGUCCCUACUAUAACUACUGCCAGGACUAUCCAGGAACUUUGCAAGAUCUCUGCCAUGCAUGGCUUACCUGAUGUAAUUGUAUCAGAUAAUGGGGCACAAUUUACUGCUGCUGAAUUUCAGUCCUUCUUACAAACUAACAUGAUUAGACAUGCUACCUCUGCCCCUUUUCACACAGCCUCUAAUGGUCAAGCAGAACAGAUGGUCAAGAUGACCAAGGAAGUGCUUAAAAGGAUAAUGUUGGGUGAUUGACAUCAUCGGUUGGCAGACCUUUUGCUUUGCCAACACACAACUCCAUGCACUUCAAUGGGCCGUUGCGCCACCACAUUGACCAACUACACUGGCAGCAGGCUAGUCAGACCCUGGCCGCCGACAGAGAGCAGAGCUGGGAACUGCCUAACAGCUGCGAUGCGUCUGAGUCUCCUGGGUCUGGGGAGACUCACAGAGAAAUGGUGAACAACUCAAUCUUGGUUGUGUCACCACAGACUGGAGAGACCAUGCCCUCAGAACAGAACUUGCUUGCGGACUUGUUCCCCAGUCUUUCCAGGACCUCUCCACUCACAGACACAAGCACUGGUCUACCCGGCCACAUCAGCCAAAGAGACACUGGUCUACCCAGUCUGAUCAGUCAAAGAGAGACUGGUCUACCCAGCCUGAUCAGUCAAAAAGACACUGGUCUACCUGAAGCUAGCAA